AUGCCUCGGAGAAGAAAAAGGGCUACUCGAAUCACCGAUCUCAAGGAGACCAUCAUGCUUAAAAUUCUCAGGCAUCUGGAUCUCAAGUCCACGAUAAGAACCUGCGCCGCGACAGGUCGGUGGAGGAGGCUGUUGCCCAAACUGCCGGCCCUGGAGUUCGACAUCGCCGAUUUCCCCGUUCCUUCGCUUCGCCGGUCGUCUCAGAAACAGGCCAGACGCAACUUUACUGAAGCAGUCACCCGUCUCCUGUCGAUCCGGGAUGGUCGGAAGCCGCUUGAACGUUUCAGCAUUAGGUACUUUUCCAGAAUUCUGAGCAUAAGGAUACAAUCUUCGAGAUGCUCCAAUCAAGCAGGAGAUCAACUAUUGGCUCAAGUCUUUUUCUCAAGGUUAAUGAUCGAGGAAAUCUGCAUCAACGUUGACGCCGAAUCCAAAGAGGAGUACAGGUUGAACUUCAAUCAGUACGGCUGCACAUCACUGAGGGUGCUGCAACUCCGACGCUGCCGCUUCAAUCAGCACUGCUCCUCCAUGGACUUCCCCUCCCUCACCACUCUCGCCAUAGCCAACUCCCACGUCACCUUCCUCUUUCUCCAGUCCCUGCUUCGCGACCUCCCCCUGCUCCACACCCUCUCCAUUUCCGACUGUUCGUGCCUCGGCGCGGAACUCCCCGUGGAAGCUCCACACCUGAUCAAGUUCUUCCUCAGGGGCCGUCCUCCCUUCGAAUUCAACAUGCCCAACUUGGUCUUGGAGGAGGUCGAAGACGUUCUCCGUCUCUCCCACGAGGAAAGGCCAACUGCUCGACUGGACAUCAAUCCUCUACAUCCGUCGAUGCUGAUGCGCAGAAAAUUCAUCAUCACCUAUGCAUUUUCACGCCUUCGUGUUGUUCGCUUGCUGAUCCUCACCGCGAGAACACUUAUCUUCGAGAUGAACCCGUCAGAGGACGGAAUGGAUCCACGGUUCGUGCUAAGGAAGGUCAGAGUUGCACUCGCAUAUUUGAGGACGUUGACUAUGCAGCAGUAUGGAGGCUAUCAAAGGGACGAGGAGCUCGUCCGGUACUUCCUCAAGGCGGCGCCGGGACUGACGUCCAUAAUCAUCAGCCCAUCGGCGGAAGCGCGGCGCUCCUGGGAUCUUGUGGUUCGAUUGAGGCUGGCGGUGGAGGAACAUCGGGCAACCCGGCCGGACCGUCUUACCGUGCUACUGGAAUUCCCCGGCUGGGAACUCGAUUGA